CAAUCUUAUAAUAACCAUUAAGCAACGCUAUUGCUAACAUCGUAUAUUAUGUGGUGAGGUUAUCGUUAUGCUUUUACUUUGAAAAGAAAAGGGAAGCAUAUCCUCAUACCGAUGUAUGUGCUUACUGGGCCACUUUAACCUGUGUUAUGAUUUCGUCUUUUCGCAAGAUAGAAUGAAUUGUUUAUUUACGCAAAGAGUAACGAGUGGGCUGAGAAGGAUACCAGUGGUUCUGCUUCAAAGAUCAUCCUCCCAGAAGCAAUUGCCAACUUUGACUCUCUACACAAAGGAUCCUUGCCCUCUUUGUGAUGACGCUAAAGAAACACUUAAACCAUAUAAGCACAGGUUUCUGUUUCAGACGGUAGAUAUCACAUUGCCAGAGAACAAAACAUGGUAUAAGAAGUACAAAUAUGAUAUUCCGGUAUUCCAUUUUAACGGACAAUUCCUGAUGAUGCAUCGAGUUGACACUGGACUACUGGAACAACACUUGACUAAAGCAGAGAAAGAAUAGAUACGAUUUAGUUUUACUGAUAUAAAGAUUGUCAUUGUUUUGCAUCUUUAUUUUAUAAAAAUUAAGCAUAAACUAUAGCAUUGAUUACACGGUAUUGUCCGAUAUGCAUUUUAAAUAUAUUUUGGUGGAUAUUUGAUUGUGGAAGGUUUUUUGUCAUAUUUGAGGAUUCCAUUCCUCUCCAUAUCUACCAAUACAUAAGAUGUGAAUGAUACGUGAUACAUUUAGAUCAACUGCCUCAGACUUUAAUGUUACAUUUUGAGCUUUGAGUUUUUUCAAAAACUCUUGUUUAAUUGUAUUGUAAUACUUGUUAUAUUCCACUUUUAAUUUAUAUUAAUUAAAAUGCAAAGUAAAAAUUG